UCGGAUUGACAGUGAUUGUCAAAAUAGAAAAUGGAAAACGUUUAGCGUUUUGUUUACAGUCGGCAAAAGUUUUAUAAGCGCCUAAUUUAUAGUGGUCUUCUGUCUGCAACAGAAACGGACACAGCACGAACAAGGACAUCUACAAGCUCUAUCAAAUCGGAACCAGCGCUACGAUAUACAUGAAACUAUGUCCGGCUUGGAGUCAUAUGUGAACACAACCGUUUCCAUCAUAACAGCCGAUGGUCGAAAUUUCGUUGGCACUCUCAAAGGAUUCGACCAAACCAUCAACAUCAUUCUGGACGAAUCACAUGAGCGGGUAUACUCAAUGAAUGCCGGCAUAGAGCAAGUAGUGCUGGGCCUACACAUCAUCCGCGGGGACAAUGUUGCUGUAAUCGGCCAACUGGACGAGAGCAUAGACAGCAAAUUGGACUUUUCUACAAUACGCGGAUUGCCACUAGAACCAGUGGUUCACUGAUCGAAUUAUUGUAGGUUGUAAGUUAUAUUGAAUUGUUUAAAAUAAAAUGAAAUUUUGCUUAUAGUA